UCUUCUCUCAUGGCAGCAGCUUUAUUCUCUUCCUAAUUAUUCACUUUCAAAUACUAUUUCUCCAUAAAAGAAAUUGUUUACAUCCAUUUCCUUGAAGGCAUAGUUUUUGUUUCAGUUUGAAAUAUCUUUAUUAUUAUGUGCUUGACAACAUGUUAAGCACGAACAACUAGUUACUGCAAAAUCGAAAUUCGAAGAAUUGUUUGAAAAUGGGAAACGGUAUUGGAAAAUUGAAGUUUUGUUUUGCAGGAGAUGUUGGAGAAAUAUCCAAAAGACGCCAUGAUAUUGGCAUAGACUUAAUUGAUAGUCUUGAUAAAGGAUUAGGCCAUUCAUUUUGUUAUAUAUUGCAUGAUUCAUCAUCUAAGAAUCAACAUUUUCUAGAAGAUUCUUCUUCUUCCGCCACUACCACUAUCUCCAGUAACAGCAGCAGCACCAGCCAAACGACGGCGUUUCGUACUAUUUCCGGUGCUUCUAUCUCCGCCAACACCUCUACUACGCCGCUGUCCACCGCCCUCGUCGACGUUUCCAAUACUUACAUUGAGAAGUCGUCGGCUUUUGAGAGCUCUCAGUGGUUUUCUUCUUUUCCUCUUCAGCCAAUUCCCCGGAGAUCAAUCCACUCUAUAUGUUCGGGCCCGAUUCCCCGAGUAUCUAACUCGGGCUCGGGCCCGAUCGAGAGGGGAUUCCUUUCCGGCCCAAUGGAGCGGAGUUUUACUUCUGGCCCGUUGGAGAAUCAGUAUGAUCAGCAGCCACAGAGGUACAAACCUGAGUCUAGUAAAUGGGAUAUAGUUAGGAAUUUAAAGAAAGUUUUGUCAAUGAAUUUGGUUGAGAAGAAGAAGAAUAAUGGAUCUUUGAACAGUUUGUAUGAAGAUGAUGAGAAUAAUGGAUCAUUUCGAAGUCGAAAUGUGCAAUGGGCUCAGGGAAAAGCAGGGGAAGACAGAGUACAUGUAGUGAUUUCUGAGGAAUAUGGAUGGGUAUUUGUUGGGAUUUAUGAUGGUUUUAAUGGACCUGAUGCUACUGAUUUUUUAUUGAAAAAUCUUUAUUCGAAUGUAUUCAAAGAACUCAAGGGAUUGCUAUGGAAUGACAAGUUAGAAUCCUCCGAAAAUCUCAUGUGUAACGAGACAGUUAUUGUUCAAAAUCAAGAAUUUGAUCAAUCAAAGAUUGCAGGUAUUGAUCAUUUAGAUGUGUUGAAUGCGUUAUCUGAGGCGUUGAGGAGAGCUGAGGAAUCAUAUUUGGAGAUAACGGACUCGAUGGUGAAUGAAAAUCCCGAGUUAGCCUUAAUGGGAUCAUGUGUUUUAGUGAUGUUGAUGAAAGGCAAUGAUGUUUACUUGAUGAAUGUUGGAGAUAGCAGAGCAGUUUUGGCUCAAAAUCCUGAACCCGAUCGUUCCAUUGGUAACUUGGGACUGAUAAAUGAGGGGAGUCGAAAUAGCAUUGAUACACUCUACAGAGUUGUAUCAGACAGAAAACACAAUCUUAGUUCUUGUCAACUCACUAUGGACCAUAGCACAUCUGUUAAAGAGGAAGUUCUUAGGAUUAGAAGUGAACAUCCUAGUGAUACGUCUGCUAUUAAAAAUAAUAGAGUGAAAGGUUCUUUGAACGUCACUCGAGCUUUUGGUGCAGGCUUUCUUAAACAGCCUAAAUGGAACAAUGGACUUCUAGGUGUUUUCAGAAUAGACUACGUUGGAAAUUCACCGUAUAUUAAUUGUAUACCAUCAUUAUACCACCAUAGACUUGGUCCAAGAGACAGAUUUCUGAUCUUAUCAUCUGAUGGACUUUAUCAAUACUUCACAAAUGAAGAAGCAGUCUCUGAAGUUGAGACUUUCAUGUCUAUAUUCCCCGAGGGAGAUCCCGCGCAACAUCUCGUUGAAGAAGUGUUAUUUAGAGCUGCAAAGAAAGCUGGCAUGGACUUCCACGAGUUGCUUGAUAUACCACAAGGAGAUCGUAGGAAGUACCACGAUGAUGUUUCAAUCAUCAUCAUAUCAUUUGAAGGUAGGAUAUGGAGAUCAUCCGUGUAAAUCAACUGUAUAAAGGAAGCCUUUUGUGUUGGGAUAUUGUAAGUGACAAAGUGGCCUUACUGCAACGAUCCAUUGAGAUUCAACCCUUUGGUUCUCUAAUUUACCCCCAAAGAUAAAAACGAAAACUUUUGUGCUCUUAUCCAUACAAAACAAUACACUUAGAAAAGUUCAAACUAGUUUUGCUCAUUAACAUGUUUGUUGCUCAGGGGAUUGUAAAGGUGCCAAUAAAGUUGCCCCUUUUUUCCCUUCAAAAGUAAAAAUCUUAGGAUAUUUGUAACAGAAUAUUCUGCUCAUUGUACAUAUAUUCCUAGGUGUGUCUAUCACACAACCUGAUACCUCAAAUAGACUCGAUCUUAUUGGUCGAAAAUUCUUUUA